UAAUUAUGUGUUCCAAACGUAUAAUUUUUUAAUUCUAAUAUAAUUAUGCAUUAUGUACUAGAUAAUUAAUAUUAAAUUUGAUUUGAAUAAUUUAUCUUUAAAUUGAAUGUUAUUUUCAAUGGAUUACCUAGAAAAGGAUAGAACAAGGAUUCUUCUCUCUCAUGCUUCAACUGUAUUACAAGAUUUACGAUAUUCCUUCAACUUCCGUGGUUUAAGCGAACCUGUCAACGCUUCGUAGAGCACUCUCUCAAGAGAGGAAAGGGGAAUUUUUGGUACGAGCACCACAUGGCAGAACAUGAUGAUUGUCUUGAAGGGAACGUAAUUUAUGUAUUUCUAUGCACAACGCGUUGCUAUUUAAAGCGCUAUCGUAUUUUUCAUUAACGGCCCUUUUUUUUAGCUCUGUGCACAAUUCUUUUCAGUCGUUAUUUCCCUUUUCUUCGACUUUUCCUAUUCGCUUCAAAGUCUAACACUUUACACUGCAUCAUUAUCAUAAAUAUUCUAUUUCCUAUAAAAUGAAAGAAGUUAGCAUCAAAGGUUGAAGUACAUAUUAACAUAUUUAUAACUCCUAACGUAAUACAUAUAUUUUCAGAAGCUUUAACUUUGUUUUUUAAUUAACAAGCUUCCUUUUCUUAAAACGCUUCUUUUUUUUGACGGAACUUGUUAACUGCAUACAUGGAACGCUUUAGGUAACGAUCCAUUGAACAUAGGAAUGUUUAUAAUCGUUGUAAUUUAUGAAUAAUACUGCCUCAAUAAUAGCACGUACGAUUUUGUAUAGUGAUUGAUACAAGACGGUUAUAUUUAAAAUUCGUAGCGUAACGGUACGUGUGUUUCAUCCGCUUUUUCCAUAAACAUAUCCGUGUAGCUUACAACUUCCGUGAAUAAAAAUUUUUGCACUUCCGCUCGAACACGUCGGAGAAUUGCGAAAUUUUUAGGCGAAAAAAGAAAAUAAUCGUUUCUUUACAUUUUCGUUUACACGCGUUCUUAAAAAUUGCUUAAUACAAAGGCGACAAUAAACAGGAAGUGGGUGCUUCCGAACAUAUAUUAAGAACGUAAAAUCGUUUACUGGAGUAUUUGAACGUCAAGAUCUACAGACAUGAAUUUCGAUACGGUAAUCUCCAUUUUCAUCGCUCUUUUGAUCGCUACUUUAAAAUGUAAUUGUAACUGUAUCAAGGAUAGAGUUGAAAUAGUAACGUACGGUGAACCUUGCGUUGAAACACGACAAUUACCAAUAAAAAUUGAGGGUCCCAAACCACCGCGACAAGAAGAAAAGAUACCAGUAUCAUUGAAUUUUAAAGUUAUUUCGGACAUGUUCGUAGAACCACGUCGGAUCGAAUACCCAAUUGAGAUAGACACCUCAUGUAGUACUCGAUCACAAUCGGAAAGAACUAUCAUGACAGAUCUUCUACGUGGAAAAACUUAUACGUACAAUACUUAUGUUCCUCCUGCUUCUUAUGAGCAACCUGAACAGAAAAUUUAUAAUUAUGACGUUGAAGUUCCGAUCUCUAUAAAAGAAAACAUGGACGAAUAUCAAGAGAAACGUGUCCAACGAUUGAAAGGCCUCACGUCUCGGAUUGAUCGGAUAUUGGUUCCUGCUUGCGAAGUUUUGCCACCACCGUCAUCACCGCAGUGUUAGAAUAGAGUAUUUUUAAAUUCUGUAAACAGUGGUAUGGGAAAAUAAAAUGAUAUUCAAAAUAAAAGUGCAACUUAA